UGGGGCGAACAUGGCGGAAGGCGGCUCCGGCCGCCCAACGUGCGGCGGAGUUCUUAGCAGACCGGAGCCGAGCCCCAGCACUGGCGGCUGCAGCUUUCCAGAGUACGAGCUUCCCGACCUAAACACCCGCAUUUUCCACGUGGGCGGCUUUGGGGAGUUAUGGCGUGGCCGGCUUCGCGGGGCCGGGGACUUGUCACUGAGGGAGUCCCCGGCGCCCGUUCUGCUCGGGCGAGGAGAGGUCUCUAACUCGGACCAAGAGGAUGCCGCUGUGGCCCGGGAUCUGGGCUGCAACCUGGAGGCGGCCGCGGAGCUGAGGGCCGUGUGCGGACUUGAUAAACUGAAAUGCUUUGAGGAAGGCGAGGACCCAGAAGUCAUCCCAGAGGAUACUGACCUGGUGACUUUGGGGGUUAGAAAGAAAUUCUUGGAACACCGGGAAGAAACCAUUACAAUUGAUCGCGUCUGCAGACAAGAAACAUUUGCUUAUGAGAUGGAGUCACAUGCCAUUGGAAAAAAGCCUGAAAAUCCAGCAGACAUGAUUGAAGAAGGCGAGCUAAUCCUAUCUGUGAAUAUUUUAUACCCUGUUAUAUUUCAUAAGCACAAAGAACACAAACCACACCAGACAAUGCUGGUGUUGGGCAGUCAAAAGCUCACAGAACUGAGAGAUUCAAUUCGCUGUGUCAGUGACCUCCAGAUUGGUGGGGAAUUCAGCAACACUCCUGACCAAGCCCCCGAGCACAUCAGCAAAGAUCUAUAUAAAUCAGCCUUCUUUUAUUUUGAAGGAACAUUUUACAAUGAUAAAAGAUACCCAGAAUGCAGAGAUUUGAGCAGAACUAUCAUUGAGUGGUCAGAGUCCCAUGAUAGAGGUUAUGGAAAGUUUCAGACUGCUAGAAUGGAAGAUUUCACCUUCAAUGACUUGUAUAUUAAAGUAGGCUUUCCUUACUUAUACUGUCACCAGGGAGACUGCGAACAUGUUAUCAUCAUUACUGACAUAAGGCUUGUGCAUCAUGAUGACUGCUUGGAUAGGACACUCUAUCCUCUCCUUAUCAAGAAGCACUGGCUGUGGACCAGAAAAUGCUUUGUUUGUAAAAUGUACACAGCUAGAUGGGUGACCAACAAUGACAGUUUUGCACCGGAGGAUCCCUGUUUCUUUUGUGAUGUUUGCUUCCGAAUGCUCCACUAUGAUUCAGAAGGCAACAAACUGGGGGAAUUCCUUGCUUAUCCUUACGUUGAUCCUGGAACUUUUAAUUAAGAAUAGCCACAUACAUACACAAAGGAGAAUGCACCUUUCUGAAAUAACUGUUCCCUUGGAUAGUUACUUUAUUUCCAAGAAAUCCCACUGAGGACUGCGAUCCACUUGGAACCACCAACAUAACCUUUUCAGAAAGUCCAAAUCACAGAUUUUUCUGUAAAGUAACUUGAGUGCUUUUAAAUGUUUAGAAACAUGUUUAAUUAUAUAUUAGUACUUAUUCCAAAAUAUUUUUCAUUUAGGACUUUUUGCCCCUUUUAAGU